UGCAUUUUUUAUAAUCCACGACCUAAUCACGUCAUCACCUUCAAAUAGCAUCUCAUGAUGUGGAUGUCAGUUCGUAUGGCGUCGUCUUGGAUGAUCGCAUCUUCGGAAAACACCUGUGAAGGAAUUUAUUCCGAGCCGUAGAAUUUGGAAGAUUGUGGACAUUUCUUGAGGGUCCUGCUCCUCGUGCUGUCCAUAGAGGGAUAAUGGACCAUUCAAGAGACCACCAUUCUGAUCUACCUAUUGAAGAUUGGAGAUCAUCUCUGAUGGAGAAGAAGAUAGACCUGUAUAACUUUGAGAGCUGCGCUGCUGAAGAGUCGCCCUACAUACUCACCAGUCCUAGAUCUCUCCGCGCAUGUGCAAGAGUGAAGAUACAGCCUGUGGAAUUGUUAGCUAAGCCUGAGACAGAUUUUGAGGAGGAGCUGCUAACAUCUGGACAACAACCAGGAGAAGCCUCCAGGAAACUCUAUGAUGCCCAUGAGAGACAGAGAUUAAGGAAGUUGUAUAUGUGUAGACGAGCAAGAGAGGAGAUAAUUCAAGAAGAGGGAGGAGAUGAAAGGAUAGAAGUCAUCGAUCAUGCCAAGUUACUCUUCCAAGGAUUAAACAAACCCCCUGAAAGAACAGUCAAAGCAAAUGCCAAUGGAAUAGAUCAAAGUAAAGUGAUUAUUCCUAAAUCAGGACAAGCCAACUCCAACCUGAGACCUGGAGCAAACCCUCGACCUCCCAGUCAUCCUCCAACUCGACCUCCACCAUCCAGAUCAUCAGCGAGCUCAAAGACAUCAUCGACCUCCUCGCCUAGGACAUCAUCCAGCAAGACAAGCUCUGGCUCCACUCCAUCUUCGGGAGGUCGAAGGAACCCUGCCCCUGGAGACCUUCCUUCGAGGUUCUUCAAGAGGUCAGCGUCCAUGCCACCUACAUCUAGACAGCGUCCUCAGUCAGCCGUCUCGAGUGGGUCGAGUCAUCGAUCUAGUCGGACACCGUUGAGCCAAAGAUUGGGUCUAGAUGGAGAAAGGCCCUCCAGGCCAUCGUCCCGGUCAAGACCUUACAGUGCUAACCUGCCAGAGAGGGACCAGAGAAUACUUGACUGUAUGGUGUUCAAGAGAGAGCAAGAGAAGGAAGACCUGAGACAUCAACAGAUCAUCAGGAAGGUCUGGGAUGAAGAACGAAGGAAAGAAGAUAAGAUCAAAGCAGAGAACGAACUACAGAGAAGGAAGAACUUGGUGGAGAGAGAACAGGAUAGACAGAAGAAAAGGGAGAGGAUGCAAAAGCAGAGAGAAAAGGAAGAAAAGGAAAAAUUGAAGGAGAUUGAAGUAUCUCUGAAAUAUAAAGAUGCUAAACAUGUGCAGUUAGCCUCACAACAAGACCUACUGAAGAUUCAGCAGAUAGAUAUGAAGAAACAAGUCGAGAAGGCCAAGAAAGAAAAACAGUCCAAAGCUUUACAGGUGAAAGAGGCAAAAGAUGAAGAAUAUCGGAGAAGUGCAGAGAAACACAUCAUGCUCUCUCUGGAAUCGGCUGAAGCAAAGAGAGAAAAGAAACAACAAGAAGAAGUGAGGGAACUUCAGAGAAAGAACAAAGAAGUAAUGAAACAACAUGCGGUUAGAAAGAAGGUCAUCGACAAGAAAACAGAAGAGGAGAAUGAAUAUCAAAGGAUGUGUAUCGAUGCGAAGGAUAGUAAGCACAAAGAACUCAUUGAACAGCAACAUUUCCAAAGACAAUCAGAAAUCAGGAACAGCAGGCGGAAACUUGAAGAGCAACAGAAGAAAGCUAGCAAGACGAAGGUGGUCCUUGAUAACAACCUUGAGAAAUGGAAAGAUGAUAUUGUCAAGCAUAGAUCAGUGGUCCAGGACCAAGCCGUGGUGAAGGCAGAGAAAGUAGUUCAGGAGAAAGCCCAGAAAGCUCAAGAGCUUCGUAUUGUCAAGGAGAAGACGCACAAGGAAAGAAUAGCAAGGGUUGCUGAGGAUGCAGAGACAUUGGCAAGGUACACUGAGCAGAAGAUCAAACACAAAGAUCAGAAAGUUCAAGAGGUCAUCGCCAAGAAGCAGCAGGAGAUCGACAGGUCACGGGCUGUGGCGCAGAAUUCAGCUAAACUCAGAGAACAAAUACGCAAUCAGUACACAAGGUCAUUUGAUCGGAUGGCCAAAAAAGCUGAGCUAGACUCCAAGCUUGGAGCUGGUCCUAGUCUUGGGACCAAGAACUACUCUCAUGUCAUCAUCUCAUGAUCCAGAACAUCUAUGACCUCAUCCAAAGAAUUUAAAGUAAAGCAUUUGCAAAGAUGACUGUCUUUUCACAGAAAGAGAUGCCUGCUCCGUUUCCAAUGACAUCAGUUUAUAGUCAUUUCUUCAAGGAACUGCGUUAUCCUGCAUUUGAAGCUGUACCGUUAAUACCCAAUUAGCUAGCAAGCACCCUGCAUCAUUUGACAAAGUGUUCAUCUACAUUUGCCACUCUCCACCCAGGUGUAGGAAAUUGGUACCUGGUAGGAAGGAAUUCCUGGAAUGCUCAAGUGCCCAAAUCAAGGUGACCAUUCUAAAGUUG